UCUGUCUUCUUUCUUUUGCUGUUGUUUCCUCUUCUAGAAUUUGGUCAUCUUGAGAACAUCAGUGGAGAGGAAGGCACCAUGGCUGCUGAGUUGGAGUUCUCUCCACCUGAAAUCCCYGAGCCCACGUUCAUGGAGAACGUGCUACGUUAUGGACUCUUCUUUGGAGCCAUUUUCCAGCUUAUCUGUGUGUUAGCCAUAAUCCUACCCGUUUCCAAGUCCCAUAAGRCAGACUCGGACAGUUUUGAGCCUAAGAGUUCAGAAGUAGUGAAGAAGCCAAAGGCAACUGCUCCACAGAUGAGCAAGAAACCCAAGAAGGAAACCAAAAAGAAACGAUAAAGGCGUUGCUGACGAGCCUCAAAAGACAGAAUAUCAUCUGUAAUCAAGCUUCCUUCGAGAUGACAUCACAGACAACUAAAUAUGUUAAAUGGGUUUCUGGCAUUGCCAUUCUUUACCUGUCAGGGGACAAGGGAGUGGACGGGGAGGGCUUCUGCAUAGAYUUCUUACAAGCAAAGAGAGCUUCAUGUAUCCAGGACUUCACUCGACAUGAUUAAUGUUUCAGUCAUCAUCAAAGUGACUUAUCUCUCGUCUGAUGGGUAGAAAGGCUUGUGGUCUUAUCUCUUCUGCGCUGGCCAGGAUUGCAUUAAGGUCCCUCUGGAAGGUGAAGUGUGGGUUUGCUACUGCAGAUACCACUUYUAGUUGUAUUUGAAAGCAGAAGGAUCAAAUGGAUCAAGGAUACCACACUACACAGCUUUGUAUUCAUCUGUAUUGUCAUCUUGCCUGAAAUACAUAGCUGCAUUUUAUGGCUUAAUAAUAAUGGCUUUGUUAUAUUCUUUAAUUCUUUAUGAGUAACAACUCAUCAGAUGCCAGACUGCUUUAGAUGAAAGCUUUCAUUUCCCCAGCAUUGCUACCUCUUUCUUCUCACUCCCCACCCUGUCUGUUCUUUUUGCUCCCAAUUUUGAAAGUAUGUGUAAAGAAUUCCAGAGAUGUGGCACCACGGUGGGGYCUGGAGUGAAUACAAGAAUCAGGGAACAAUUUGAUUCUGAAGGGUGCAGAAUUCAAUGAGAUGUUCUUGGAAACUUGGGAAGACCAGGUACUGCACGUUAGAGCAAGGCUGCUCUGAGGUGGGAGUCUGACUUGCAUUUGCUUUGUUUAAACUUCUUAGCUGCACUGCUGAUUAAUCCUCCUCUGAUCCAGCUGAGUCCUAACCAUGGGCUCCAUUUCAACACAGCUUGGAUUUGCUGCAUUUGCAAACUCCCUCCUAGCAUUACCUGGUGUAGUACUGUGUCUCCUCUCAUUCAGUUCUUCCUGGAGGCAAAUACAAUCUCAGCCUGAGGAAAGGUGGUGUUUUUAAAGCCAAGACAUGGUAAGCUGGGUUGCCUAGCAUGACUACAUGGCAGGAGACAUGCAUGCUGUGUUCCUUCAGGCUCUCCAGGGCCAGGGACAGUCUCGUAUUAGAUUUGAAUAUGGCUAGACAGGAGGGGAAACAGAUAGGUGGUGAUGUAGCCACAAAGUCUCGAGGGCAGCUUGAGCUUCCUGGUGCCAGCUCACAUCUUGGUUUGUUUGAUCACAAAUGAGUCAAUGGGAGGAGAACCUGCUGCCUUAGACGCACCCAGGGUUCAGAGGAGCUUUGAAGGAGGCUCUGUGUCAGGGCUGCAAGUCUCCAGUCAGUUUUGCAUACACUGACUCCCGUCCUCAGUUCACAGAUGCCUAGUGAACCCAAGCACAGCGUUAGUGUUGCAGGAGCAAGAGGUGUCCAGUUGUGCAUGUGUUUUCCAGCAAGCCAAGCAGCACAUUUACAGGAGCCAUCACUGCUGAGAAGGGCCACGUUUCCUCCUCUCUCUGGUUUUUGGUGAGCGAGCCAGAUAGAUCCCAGUUCCAGUUUGAUAAUAACCUCUCGUUGCUUCUCUGCUCCAGGUUCUCUACUUCUCUAAUCAGAAUGCUGACAGCAGGUUUGUGCUGCUUAAAAUCCAGCUUCCACUGAGGGUGCUUUAAAUGCAGCCUUUGUUUUUUUUACGGCUACAUAAAGGCAAUUCUAGCAGUACAGAACAAAUCGUGAAGGACCCAAGCACUGUAAAGGUUACUAUGUGUCCUGAGCACAAAAAAAAUAAAUAAAACUUUCCACACAUGUAACAAAGAGCAGUAUUGUUCAGAGUUUCCCACUAGGACCGAUGUUCCUGCCUGCAAUCUGCAGGGGAAAGAAAAGCCUUGCCGCUCUCCGAGACAUAGGUGCUGUAGAUCAUUUGCUCCAUUUUAUUGUAUGUAGGUAGUUGUUCAUGUGGUUGUUUUGUCUAGCAACUCUGGUUUCCUACAGGUGACUUCAAGGUGGGUUUUAAUGCUUUGUUCGGAAUUGCGAAUAUUGAAUAUUACCUGAAAUGCUUCCAUGGCCAACAGCUAGUUAGUGGUGAACACCAUGGUGUGGUUAUUGCCCUGAAAUGGCAGGCUACACCAUCAACGUUGCAUUAUAGCUGUUCAGGGUAUUCAGG